UCUGACACAGAAUUAGCUGCAGUGAGCAGAUCACAGUUACUGUAGGUUCCCGGUGCUGCACUGUUACUGACACAGAUAUUGCUAGGAAAUUGGGAAGAGGUUGAACAUUUGUUGAAACAAGACAGAUGAAGAGAGACAUCAUAUGGGAUCAAUCUGGAAAAAGAUCAGGCAGGUGACUGAGGACAGGAUGCUGUUUUUCAGCAGCACUCACACCAAAUGUCUGCUGGAUGGAGGCGUCAUCAACUUCUCUGAGAAGAUGAGCGGCGGCGUGACGCGGAUUGAGGAAAAUGGAGAAGAGGACAACAAAGCUAACGUCAGAUGCAGGCGGCUUAGACUCACUCUACAAGAUCAGGAUCAGUCAGGCUGCACCUCCGACCGGAACAGCAACAAGGAGAGCAGCAUAGCAGUAGUGCUGCCACAGAAACCAGAGGAGCAGGAAGAAACACAAAAAGUUGAAGUCAUUAAGGUUUUCCUCGAAGCCCGUCCAGAGAAAGCAGAGAGUGUCAGAAUGCUGACGGACGAAGUGUCGCAGAUUCAGGAGGUGAGGUACUGUCUGAAGACUCUGAGAGAGCAGAUGGCAGCCAGGCAGAACACUACCAGUAACAAGUAUCCAGUCAAUGGCUUCAGAAUCAACAUGCCCAGCAGCAAACCAGCUGUCACCUAUGGCAACACUGUUCUCACAGAGUCAGACGCUCAGGUCGGGGAUAAUCAGGAGGAGAGUGUGAGGCUCAGGGAGGCGACCAAGCGUCUGUACGCUCAGCUGAAGGAGAUGGACAAGAGGCAUCAGGAGGAGAGGGAGAGACUGCAGGCCGAGUCACAGGAGUAUGGUGUUCGUCUGGCUGAGCAAUCUGAGCGGCUGCAGAAGGCUGAGGAGCGGUCGGAGGAGAGGGAUCAGCAGGUGGAGGAGCUGCAAAGGCUGCUUGGAAACAUGGAGAUAGAGAACAGCAUCCUCAAAGACAAGCUGGCAGCAGGGGAGGCAGAGCUGCUGCAGCUCAACACACACCGGGAGGAAGGAGAGGAGAAUGAACAGAGGUGUGAAAAGCUGGAGAAGGAGGUGGCCCUCCUGAAGGAAAAGAUUCAUCACCUUGACGACAUGUUAAAGAGUCAGCAGAGGAAAGUCCGCCACAUGAUCGAACAGCUGCAGAACUCCAGGACUGUCAUCCAAGAGAGAGAUCGAUUCAUCAGGGAUCUGGAGGAGAGGGUGGCUUUCCUGGAAGCUGAGAACAGAGAAAUGCAUGACCACAUGGAGUACUUCCUGGCAGGCCAGGACCCUCCCCCCCUGACGUCCACUGAGAACAAGCCAGAAGUUGUUUACAGUAAAAGACUCACACCGACGACUCCGACCGACAAGGCCCUCCCGUUCAUCAAAGUCAUCGAGAUUAAGUCCUGAGUGUCAACCAAAGGAAUAACCAGAAGUACAAUACAGUGUAAAUAUACAGUAUAUAUUUAACCACCUACCACUAGAAUACAAAACGUAGAUCUGCAGUGAUUCAAAAAGGCUGGCUUAAUAGACUUCAUGGUGACAAAGCACAUUGGUCCUUUGUAAGUCCCUCCAUAGUUACUUUUGAGGCUGUCCUGCACACCUUUCUUGGCUCGCUGUAUCAAACAGAAUUUAAAAUAGGAAAGUAAAGGGGAAUUUAAACUAGGAUCCAAUGGUAGGAGGAAUCCUAAAAAGGAAACGCGUAAGAAGCUGUGCAAUGCAAAGAAUUUUUCUGAACUUUUCCAUGAUAUACAAAGACAAAAAUAUGUGCAGUACGUACUUUGUCAGCAAGUCUUCACGAUGCAGUGGCAGUAGCAAAAGUUCCCUGUUUUAAAGUUUUCCACCUCCACUUCUUUCGCAUGCAGAAAUAAGUUGUUUAAAUAGGUCAAUGUAUAAGGUGGGUUGAGUUUAAAAAAAAUAGCUGGAAAACAUAUUAGGGGGUAUUUGUAGAGAUAUAGGCUACAUUUUAAUUCUUAUCUACACUGCCAAGUGCUGCCUCAACACCCUUUGUAUUACACAUCUAGUGUUGUGCUAAAAUGUUGCAUAUUUAAUAACAACUGAUUUAACUGAUAAACCUAAUUACAUACUUCUGCAUUGUUUGUAUGGCUGUUUUUUCUUUAAAAUACUUGCAAUCCAGGAUGUACAUUUUUAUAAACUGAGUACCCAUUUACUGUGAACACUGUAGAAAGAUACUGUACAUUGAAGUCCAGUCUGUUUUUGUGUUGUAGACGGUCACAUUUUAUGGCAAUAUAAUGAAAUACCUGGUUUUUGUGAACUUUUACACACCUAACUUUUAGCAUCUCUGUUGUUGCAUCUCUACUCUUAAACCUUGUACUGCCAUCUAGUGGAAAUAUUAAAGACAGACUAUUAGGAAAA